ACUGGGGGACUGUCUCGUUAAAACCGUGAAAGGUCUGCAGAUGUGCUCUGGAAAAACUUGCCUUUCCAUCACUCUACUUCCGCAUCGAACAUGCGUUUAACACUCAACAUGUCCUGCUGAGCACAACAACACUGAAGUAAAUGCUAUUUGCAUCGGUUUGCAUGUUUUCAACAUUAACCUCAAAGAAACAUCUGCCUGAGACGCAGCAGCGGAGUGCAGUGAUCAUAUGGAGGGGAAACUGGACAUGGAUGAUGUUUCUCCAUCCCAUCAUCAGCAUCAGCGGGGCUUGUGGAAAUCCUUCCACGGCAGACCCAAACUCACCGGCAGCCCCAAACUGGGCAAAAAAGACCGAAAGCAAGAAAGCGGGUUUUGGAUAUUUAAAAAGAAACGACCAAAUGGUUUGGACCGAGCGGUGUCUUCGUCUCAACCCAACCUGCACAGCGCGGCAGCCGCUCCGGAUGGUGGUGAGAGCGGGAAGACGCGCCGCGGCUUGCCCGAGCUGGGUGUCGGUACGGCGGCUGUAGCAGCAGCGUCGCUCGGUGCGGAGAUCCAGAUGCUGAAAAGAACCGUCAGCUCCAAACCGACGCUCUCCCAGGUGUUGCAGUCUCAACAUAAACCUGCUCUGCAAGGGUCCACAUGCACUGAUGAUGCUGCGAUGAAUGGUAACGAGGAAGAGAUCAAUAAAAGUGUGGGCAUUAAUGCAGCUGGUAAUGGUGGAACACAGCCUUCACUGCCCACUUCAGCAAUGUACCAGUUAGACAUCGUGCUGAAAAAAGGAAACAACCUUGCCAUUCGAGACAGAGGCGGAACAAGUGACCCAUAUGUGAAGUUCAAAAUAGCCGGCAAAGAAGUUUUCCGUAGUAAAAUCAUCCACAAGAACCUUAACCCAAUUUGGGACGAGCGUGUUUGUCUGAUAGUGGACAAUUUACAAGAGCCUCUGUAUAUUAAGGUGUUUGACUAUGAUUUUGGCCUUCAAGAUGAUUUUAUGGGCUCAGCUUACCUGUACCUUGAUUCUCUGGAACUGCAGAGGCCUCUUGAUGUUCGGUUAGACCUUCAAGAUCCUCACUGCCCUGAUCAGGACCUGGGGUCUCUGGAGCUGGUGGUCACUCUGUUCCAAAGAAGUACAGAGGACAGAGAGGCCCUCCGACAGGCGACCAUGCUAUUGAGGAGAAGCUGGAAGCAAUGCAGUAAGCAGCAGCAGAAUCUUCGGCUGUCGGACCUGCACAGAAAGUCUCAGCUGGGGAGGGGCAUCGUGAGCAUCAGACUCUUGGAGGGUCGAAACCUCAUCCCCAUGGACCAGAACGGCCUGAGUGACCCUUACGUCAAGUUCAAACUAGGCCCUCUGAAGUACAAGAGUAAGACAAUUCCCAAGACCCUCAACCCUCAGUGGAGGGAGCAGUUCGACUUGCAUCUGUAUGACGAGGAGGGAGGCAUUCUGGAGAUCUCCGUUUGGGAUAAAGACAUUGGAAGGAGAGACGACUUCAUCGGCCAGUGUCAGCUGGACCUGUCCAAGUUGAACAGAGAGAAGACACAUAAGAUGGAACUUGAGCUGGAGGAGGAUAAAGGGAUGCUGGUACUGCUGGUGACUCUGACCGCCACAGUCGCGGUCUCCAUCUCUGACCUGUCUGUCAACCUACUGGAUGACCCACAUGAACGCCAGCAGAUCAUUAAGAGAUAUAGUCCAUUAAGGUGGUUCUUUAACCUGAAGGAUGUCGGAAUCGUGCAGGUGAAGAUCCUGCGGGCCGAGGGGCUGAUGGCUGCUGAUGUCACAGGAAAGAGCGACCCGUUCUGCAUUGCGGAGUUGUGUAACAACCGUCUGCAAACACACACGGUCUAUAAGACACUGAACCCCGAGUGGAAUAAAGUCUUCACCUUUAACAUGAAAGACAUUCACUCGGUGCUGGAGAUCACUGUGUAUGACGAGGACAGAGACCGCAGCGCUGACUUCCUGGGUAAAGUGGCCAUCCCGUUACUAAACAUCCGCAACAGCGAACAGAAGGCCUACGUCUUAAAAAACAAGGAGCUGACAGGGCCAACAAAGGGGGUCAUCUUUCUCGAAGCAGACGUCAUCUUCAACGCCGUGAAAGCCAGUUUGCGGACGUUCGUUCCACCAGAACAGAAGUACAUCGAAGAGGAGGCCAAAGUCUCUAAACAGAUGCUGCAGCAGAAUUUUAACCGAGUGAAGCGCUGCGUUCUCUUCCUCAUUAACGUGGGCUCCUACAUCAACAGCUGUUUUCAAUGGGAGUCCCCCCGCAGGAGUUUAUGUGCUUUCUUGAUCUUUGUGGUGGGGGUUUGGAAUUUCGAGAUCUACAUGGUUCCAUUGUCCCUGCUGCUGCUGCUGGCCUGGAAUUACUUCCUGCUGGGGAAGGAGUCGCGCGAGGGGAGCGUGCAAGCGAUGGAGGACCUUCUUGAGGAUGCGGAUGAAGAAUAUGACAAAGAUGACAAGGGAUCUGUGGUGAAUGUUCAAGUCACAUUUCCUCCCAAAACUGAAGAAAAAUAA